CGUCCAAAAUCAUUAAAUAAAAUUUUUUACACUUCAGUUCAUCAUCUUCCUCCAUUUUCUCUAGCCCUUCUGUCAACCCAUUUUUCUCGAGAAAGAGACAGACCAUUUUCUCGAGAAAAUUAAAAGUAAAUAAAUUAAAACUUCACCAAAUGGAGAGAACCGCAGAAGCCAAGCGGUGGCUCAGCACGGCCGAGAAACUCCUAGCGGCGCGAGAUCAUCUUGGAGCCAAGAGCUUCGCGAUCCGAGUCCGUGAGGUCUACCCGGGGCUCGAGACCGUCGAUGACCUUGUCGCCGUUGCCGAUACUCUCCAUGCCGGAGAACAGCGGAUCAACAACCAGUAUGACUGGUACGCUAUCCUCCAGCUCCCGAGGUACACUCAGAACAUGGAACACGUGGCGACUCAGUACCGCAGACUCGCUCUGCUCCUCAACCCUCAUCGAAAUCGUCUCCCUCACUCCGAUGAGGCCUUCCGGCUCGUCUGCGAGGCCUGGGCUGUUCUCUCGAACCCGACGAAGAGGACCUUCUACGAUAACGAGUUGAACAUGUUCUCCAGGUACGAUUUCGGUGUCGUGGCUGGGUCUGGGUCCGGUUCGGGCCAGUUGUACGAGAGGCAAUUCUUUCAAAGUCAUCAACAUCAUCAACAACCACCUCCACCACCACCCCCGCCGCCGCCGCCUCCACCACCACAGCCGAAACCACAACAAUCGCACUCACAGUCGCAAUGGCAAUUCCAUCCCCCGCAACCAAAAUUUCAAACUCAAGCUCAGCCACAAUCUCAAACUCAAGCACAAUCUCAAACUCAAGCUCAACCACAAUCUCAAUCGAGGGAGCAAACGCAGCCACAACCUCAAUCGAAGGAGCAAACGCAGCCACAACCUCAAUCGAAGGAGCAAACGCAGCCACAACCUCAAUUGAAGGAGCAAACGCAGCCACAACAACGACCACUGAGAAAAAGCCCUAGAAAAAAAGAUGGGAAAGUCGUGGAGAACGAGGAUGAAGAGGAGAGGCCAAAUCUCAACAAUGUGGCUGAGUCAACUCGUUCUUCUCAGCCGACUGAAACUGCUCGGGAAGUCGAGUAUGAGGGUCAGAGCUUCUGGACUGCAUGCCCCUACUGCUAUAUCCUCUACGAGUAUCCGAAGGUGUACGAGGAGUGUGUGCUACGGUGUCAGAAUUGCAAGAGGGCUUUCCACGCGACGGCGAUACCUUCCCCACCGGUGAGAGAGAAAGAAGAUACGUACUUCUGUUGUUGGGGUUUUUUCCCUCUUGGGUUUUCGGGGAAUGCCAAAGACGUGAGUGGCUCCUCCGGAUGGACGCCAUUUUCGCCUAUGUUUUCUUGCCCCAUUCAAACCGCGGGAAAGAAAAAUGAAGGGGGGAAAGGAAAGAAACCCAGCGGUGGUUCUCCUAGGUUCAUUUAUAAAGAGGAUGACAUUUUCGUAGAGCUUUCCGAUGAGAGUGAUGAGUCCGACGAUGACUGGCGGAAUACUAGGAGUAGUAAGAGGGCAAAAACUUCUAAGAGUAGAAAUACUCCUACCAAAAAUGCCAAGACAACUACUACUAAUACAGUGAGGGUAACGAGAGCCAGUCAGAGUGUAGGUGCUCGGGAUAAUGCUAGUAGUACUAAUGGUGAGAAUUUAAAUGGAGUUGGGUCCUCUAAAGGGCCACACUUAAGAGGGGAGUCAAGUAGGAAGACGAAGGCGGUGGCUGGUGGUGGGAAGAAGAAGGGGGCAGUGGAACGGAGUAAAUUGGAUUUGAAUGUGGAGUUUAGUAAUGAUGUGGAGGAGUCUGCUACAACUGGGGUGAACAAGGGGAGUGGAGCAGGAAAUGGGGAGGAGGAUAAUAUUGAAGGGAAUGGGUUUUUUGAGGGUCUUGAUGAGUUUCUUAGUAGUUUGCCAAUCUUAAAUGUUGUAGGGGAUGACAAGGUUAAGGCUACUUAGUAAAGUAAGACAAGACUCUUUUCUUUUGUCUAUGCACCUGAAGCUGUUAUAAUUGCUUGUAUGUUGUUUUACUACUUUCGCCACUCCUUUUAGAUGCCUGAAGUGCCGUAAAGUGUAGAGCCUCUUUUGUAUUAUUUUCCAAUGGUUCUCACUUGGUUAAUUUUUAUAUAAAUCGGCAGCAUUGUUGUAUUUUGUAGCUUUUUAGAGGACAUUUCUUGUACUAGGUUGGUUAAGAUGUUGAAGAAGGCAUCGGUCUUUAAUUCGUGGAAGUCCCAAGUUAAACUAUUAUCAAGGAAGCUUGCCUUCUGAAACUUGAAUUUGACAAUAUACUCUUUACCAGUAGCUUA